UAGAAGGCAGGGAUAUUUUUGUUACACAAGAUUUUCGCGAUUUCUAUUACAUAUGAGAGAGGAAUGUAGAAUCAUUAAGAAUUUUCGCAAGGGAACAUUAAACGGUGUCGGCAUGUGAUGAAAAUUUAAGCGCUGGAUCGCUUUAAAUAGUAUAUAGACCUUCAGAAAUGCAAGGAAGGUUUCGCACACAACGAAUUUUCAUUUUCCACAUUGCGUGUGUUUUGUUAUUAGAACUUGACUUGACCGCUGCCCAGUGUAACUGUUCGACCGACUGUGUGACUAGUUGUGCUGCUGGACAGUACUAUAGUAGUACCUCAUCAUCAUGUAUCACAUGUGAGCCCGGUCAUUAUUGUGUGGGAGGAGUCACUGGUAUGCAGGCAUGUUCUGCUGGUACCGCCAAUCCAAACUCCGGAUCCUCCACUUCUGGUGCGUGUGUGACCUGUAAUGCUGAUGAAAUAAGUACCGCUGGGUCAUCUGCCUGUAUAAAAUGUCCAGCAGGCUUCAGCUGUUCCUCACAGACUUCCCAAACAGCUUGUGCUACUAAAGAGUACUCAUUGGAAGGGGAGACAACUUGUACAUCAUGUCCUGCUGGAUCAAUAUGUCCAACUAAAACCCAGGCUCCACAGGACUGUCCAGCUGGUAAGGAACCAGAUGGUACCCAGACAGCAUGUACAGACUGUGUAGCAGGGAGCUACAGUUCUGCCUCAGAUAAUUCAUGCCAGACAUGUCCCAAAGGAUCAAAAUGUCCCACAAAUGGCAUGACGGCCCACACUGUGUGUCCUUCAGGGGAGUACCAGGAUAACACAGGUCAGACCUCGUGUUCUGCAUGUACUGCCGGACAUGAGUGUUCUAAUCCAGCUAUUGCUCCUGUCCAGUGUAAUGCAGGAUCCUAUGCACCAGCAAACUCGGUGACAUGUACAGCAUGUGCAUCAGGCACAUAUAGCAACAGUACAGGUUCUAGCUCUUGUUCUGAGUGUCCAGCAGGCAAAGUUUGUUUGGAUCCCUCUUUGACCCCCACAGAUUGCCCUGCAGGGACCUUCAGUGCCCUGAACAUUUCAGCAUGUACCCCAUGUCCAGCAGGACAUUACAGUAGUGCAGGGUCAGAUAGUUGUACAGUUUGCCCUGCAGGCAAGAAUUGUUCCAGUCGUGUUGGUGUUCCAUCUGAUUGUCCAGAAAUGACCUACAGCACUGUGGGCAGUAGUGGCUGUACAGCUUGUUCUCAAGGAUACUACAGUACAGCUGGAUCAGGUAGCUGUACAAUCUGCCCCUCAGGAAAAUCCUGUCAAACAGCCACCCCUAAUGACUGUCCCCCAGGAACCUACAGUAAGGAAGGAGAUGGAAUGUGCACAAAUUGUGCUGUAGGAUAUUACAGCAGCAGUUCUGGAGCUUCUUCCUGCACAGUGUGUGCUGCAGGAAUGUCUUGUAGCUCCAACUCCAGCCAGCCUUGUGCUGCUGGCACAUAUGGAGUGGAGGGGGAGUUGACAUGUCGGCCAUGUUCUGGUGGACAUUACAGUGAGUCCGGGGCCAGUAAUUGUAGUGUGUGCCCUGGUGGUAAAGACUGUAGCAGUGCAGCAGGAGUUCCCCCUGACUGUGUGGCUGGUCAGUACAGUGUAGAGGGAGGUUCAGGCUGUACCAACUGUCCCUCAGGGACAUAUAGCAACAGUACAGGUUCUAGCUCUUGUUCUAAGUGUCCAGCAGGCAAAGAAUGCUCCAACCCUGCCCUGACCCCCACAGAUUGUCCUGCAGGGACCUACAGUGCCCUGAACAUUUCAGCAUGUACACCAUGUCCAGCAGGGCAUUACAGUAGUGCAGGGUCAGAUAGUUGUACAGUUUGUCCUGCAGGCAAAAAUUGUUCCAGUCGUGUAGGUGCUCCAUCUGGUUGUCCAGAAAUGACCUACAGCACUGUGGGCAGCAGUGGCUGUACAGCCUGUUCUCAAGGAUACUACAGUACAGCUGGAUCAGGUAGCUGUACAAUCUGCCCCUCAGGAAAAUCCUGUCAAACAGCCACCCCUAAUGACUGUCCCCCAGGAACCUACAGUAAGGAAGGAGAUGGAAUGUGCACAAAUUGUGCUGUAGGAUAUUACAGCAGCAGUUCUGGAGCUUCUUCCUGCACAGUGUGUGCUGCAGGAAUGUCUUGUAGCUCCAAUUCCAGCCAGCCUUGUGCUGCUGGCACAUAUGGUGUGGAGGGGGAGUUGACAUGUCGGCCAUGUUCUAGUGGACAUUACAGUGAGUCCGGGGCCAGUAAUUGUAGUGUGUGUCCUGGUGGUAAAGACUGUAGCAGUGCAGCAGGAGUUCCCCCUGACUGUGUGGCUGGACAGUACAGUGUAGAGGGAGAUUCAGGCUGUACCAACUGUCCCUCAGGAUACUAUAGUUCAGCUGGUGCCACAAGUUGUACCCAGUGUACAGCUGGACAUUUCUGCACCUCUUCCACACAAACAAAUUGUGGUGCCACAAAAUACAGCAGUGCAGGAGCCACAGCAUGCAGUGAUUGCCCAGCAGGAUAUGCUUGUCCAGGCCCCACCACGUCAACUCCUACUCAGUGUCUAGCUGGAACAUACUCAGGGACCAAAGCCUCUUCUUGUAGCCCUUGUCCUAAGGGGUAUCAGUGUCCUCUGGAUGGAAUGACGGCCCCAGAGGCUUGUGGGAAUGGAACUUAUGCUCCUUCAACUGGUGCCACUGCUUGUACACUUUGUCCAGCUGGUCAAAAAUGUCCUGAUGUAACCUCAGCAGCCAGUGACUGUGUAGCAGGAAAGUACAGUCCUGAGGGUUCCUCGUACUGUUAUGACUGUCAGGAUGGCUGGUAUGCUGAUUCAGUCCAGUCCACUACAUGUACAGAGUGUCCAGCAGGAUCAGCAUGUCCCAACAAGAACACAGCACCCUCACUAUGUGCACCUGGAGAGUACAGUUCUGCUGGCCAGACAUCCUGUACUCAGUGUGCAGUAGGGACGUACAAGACAGGAAGUGGAGCGGGCAGCUGUUCGCCAUGUGAUGCUGGGUACGAGUGUCCUACAACCACUGCAAGAUCUGCAUGCAGCAGUGGAUACUACUCACUGGGAGGAAACACAGCCUGUAUUCCCUGUCCAGGGGGUUAUUCAUGUGCCAGUACCAGCUCCAGUCCUGUGUUAUGUACAGCAGGAAACUACGCCAACAAUGCCAGCACUUCCUGUACGCCAUGUGCUGCUGGAUAUUACUGUCCUACUGAUGGCAUGUCUGAACCUCUGGCUUGUCCUACAGGCUUCUUCCAAACCAGUACAGGCCAGACAAGCUGUACACAGUGUGGACAAGGUUAUAAAUGCCCAAACAAGACUGUGACCCAGGAAGCUUGCCCCAAGGGAGAGUACCAAGAUGGCAGAGGGAUGGAAUCUUGUAAAUCUUGUCCCUCUGGUUACUAUGCCGACACUACAGGUAAGGUGACCUGUACCAUUUGUCCCGCUGGGUCCAGCUGUUCUGAUCCCACUGUAGCUCCUGUGGCCUGUCCUAGUGGCCAGUAUUCCCUUGCUGGUGCCACGUCCUGCACUACAUGUCCUGCUGGCUAUGCAUGUUCAUCAGGAACCCAGACAGCCUGCACUAAUGGACAAUACUCCAACGGAACUCACUGUUUGGACUGCCCAGCUGGUACAUACUGUGCCUCCCCAACUCUAGGCAGUGUGGUCUGUAGUAAUGGUCAGUACCAGCCCAGCACAGGUCAGACUUCCUGUCUCCAGUGUCCCAGCGGUCAAUCCUGUUUGGAUAAAACAGCCUCACCUGUAAAUUGUGUUGCAGGAUAUUUCAGCUUGGCUGGGGAGGAAACAUGCACUAAAUGUCCCGAUGGCUACUACAGUGCUGCCCAGGCUGGCUCCUGUACACAGUGCCCCGCUGGACAGAAAUGUUUCGAUGGAUCAAACUUUAUUUCGCCUACUAACUGUAAUGCAGGGUACUACAGUGCUUUGGGACAGACUACAUGUACAAUCUGUGAAGCAGGAUACACCAGCUCUGCAGCGGCCGCUUCCUGUUCCCAAUGUUCAGCCGGAUUUCAGUGUCUGGAUCCUACCAAUCCAGUUGCUUGUACAAGUGGUUAUUACAGCCUGUCUGGAAAGACAACUUCAUGUACUCAGUGUCCAGCUGGAUUUUCCUGUAGUGCAAACAAUGUUUCCCCUGUAGCAUGCCCCAGUGGUACCUACUCCAAUGCUGGACAGACAUCCUGUACAGCAUGUCCAGCUGGUUCAACUUGUGAUGGAGGGUCACCUACUAGUUGUGGGACAGGAUAUUACAGUCCUUCAGGUUCUGGCUGCAGUAUUUGUCCUGCAGGUUCUGAGUGCAGUGGUAGCACAGCCACUCCAUGUAGCUCUGGAUACUACAGUCUGUCAGGAGAGAUGAAUUGUACCAUAUGUCCAGCUGGUAAAAUGUGUCCCUUCCCCUCCAUCUCUCCCAUCAACUGCCCUAGCGGAACCCACACACAGAACUUGGAAGGACAGACGUCAUGUACUGAUUGUCAGGCAGGAUUUUACUGUCCAGCUAAUGCCCCAAAUCAGAUUGCCUGUUCUUCUGGAGAAUAUUCCCUAGUAAAAUCCACUUCCUGUACGGCUUGUCCAGCAGGCUACUCCUGUGCCACGACCUCAGCCUCCCCCACCGUCUGUGCUGCAGGCACGUACUCAUUAGGAAGUGCUACCAGUUGUACAGACUGUGAUCCUGGCUAUGCCUGUCCAUCCACUUCUUCCCUGUCAAACAGAUACCCAUGUCCUUCAGGGAGUCACUCCGUUGGUGCCCAAUCUUCCUGCACAUUAUGCACUGCUGGUAAAGCUUGUGCAUCUACCACAUUAAACACAGAAACUCCCUGUAGUGCAGGAGAGUAUGCUUUUGCUGGGUCAGCCACCUGCACAGCAUGUGAAGCUGGAUGGGAGUGUCCUAAUGUAGAUGGUAGUCAGAAUGCCCAGUGUCUGCCAGGAACUUACUCUGUUGGAAGUCAAACAUCAUGUACCCAAUGUGUUGCUGGGAAAGCUUGCCCACUCACAAACAGUGCUUCUAGCAUCACAUGUACUGCAGGCUCAUAUGCUUUAGCUGAAAGUACCACAUGUACUGAGUGUCCACCAGGGUAUGAAUGUCCAUCUACCACAACCAACACAGAGACUAAAUGUGCUGACGGAUUCUACAGUGAAGGUAGACGUGCUGCAUGUGUGCAGUGCACAGCUGGUUACGAGUGUCCGACAAUUUAUGACAGCUACUCAGUGGUGUGUGCUGCUGGUUAUUAUUCCCUAGCCGGAGCCAAAGAAUGCACUGUAUGUCCUGCCGGAGAGGAGUGUCCUUCCACCACGAGUGCAGGGACAGCAUGCACAACUGGCUAUUACAGUCUAGGUGGACAGACUACCUGUACAGAGUGUCCAGCUGGUUACUACUGUGCCAACAACAACCAAAAACCAGUCAUAUGUGGUGUUGGUAAAUACAGUGCUGCAGGAGCUACCGUAUGUUCUGAUUGUGAUGCUGGGUUCUUCUGUCCUGCAGGGAGCAUUCAAAAGGACCCACCUUCCGCCAUUUGUUCACUGGGAUACUACUGUGAAUUAGGAGCAACUGUUGAAACACCUUGUGAUAUGGGAACAUAUGGUGCAACAAAAGGACUCAAAGCAGCAGCUGAGUGCACUGACUGCCCACAAGGAUUUUACUGCCCUGCAGGAACUGCUGGUGUACCAACCAACAGUCUUAUAUGUCCUAGAGGGCAUUACUGUCCAACUAAAACAGGAGAUUACAAGGCUAGUCCAUGUCCUCAUGGCAAAUUUUAUAGUGGUUUGGGAGCAGUUAAAGUUGAUGAAUGUAUUGAUUGUCCUGCUGGAAGAUACUGCCCUCCUGGAACAGAUGAUCCUAUGUAUGAUGGGUAUAUUUGCCCCAGAGGAUCUUACUGUCCACAAGGAUCAGGAACAGCACCAAUAAAUUGUCCAGCUGGUAAAUACACAGAGGAAGAAGGGGCAAUAGGAUUGCAGAGCUGUAAAUCUUGCCCUGCUGGACAUUACUGCCCAGCUGGAACCCAUACACCAACACCUUGUAGUCCAGGAAAAUUCAAUGAAUAUACAGAGAGAGGAGCAGCCACAGAUUGCCAAGACUGUAUUGCUGGACAAGCCUGUACUAAACAUGGACUAGCGAAACCAGAUUAUCCAUGUUCACCUGGUUACUACUGUCCAGGAGGAAACCAUCUACCCAACCAACCAGAAUAUGCCUGUCCUGCUGGAACAUUCACCGACUUUAAGAACCUGACAGCCCAGUCUCAGUGUGAGACCUGUAGAUCAACCAAAGCCUGUCUGGUGGGAACCGGAGGACAGCAGAAACCACCGGUUCCCUGUGGUCAAGGCCACUUCUGUCCGGAUGGAACAGCUUCUCCUACUCAAUAUCCCUGUCCAGCUGGAACUUACACCAACUUGACCAAUCUGUACAAAGUGGAGCAAUGUACCAUCUGUCCCCGGGGCUGGUACUGUUUGGAGGGAUCGGCUACCCCCACUGAUUUGUGUGCUAAGGGACAUUGGUGCCCUGAUGGUACACCAACAGCCACUACUAACCCUUGUCAUGCUGGGUCCUACAGUAACAAGACGGGGAACACAGCCUGGGAGCAGUGUGAUGAUUGUCCCGAGGGUCACUACUGUCCCCAGGCAUCUGUACUACCCACAGCCUGCCCAGCUGGCAAAUACAACAAUCAGAUCAAGGGUGAGAACAUCACGUACUGUGUGGACUGUACUGCUGGAUAUUACUGCCCGGGAACUGGUAAUGUGGACCCCAUCAUCUGUGACAAGGGGAAUUACUCUGACUCUGGAGCCUCGGCCUGUACGACGUGUGAGGCAGGCUACUACUGUAAUCUGAAUGCCACCAGUAUGACUUACAUGUAUAGUGACCGAAUCUGUCCAGCAGGUCUUGAGUGUCCACCAGGAAUGACUAGGGCUCCAGAACUUGUCCAGGAUAAAUGUCGCAAAGGUCACUACUGUCCAAAAGGAGAUGUAAACCCUUACCCAGUGCCUUGUCCUAAUGGAACAUUCAAUGCAGAAUACGGCCUUAAACAGGUAUCAGAAUGUCAACAGUGUACACCAGGUAUGUACUGUAUACCAGAGGGAUUGUCUUCUCCUGCUGGGGACUGUCCAGGAGGUUAUUACUGUCCACUUGGUACAGCUGCACCUGAUUCUUAUCCUUGUCCCAUUGGAUUCUACAGGAAUGGCUCAGCAAAGGAGUCAUUCCAAGAUUGUGCUGAAUGUAUUUCUGGUUAUUACUGUGAUAGAGAGGGACUAGCCAUUCCCAUUGAUUGUCCUGCUGGAUCUUUCUGUGUCAGUGGAAGCACUUUCCCACAGCCCUGUGCCCUGGGAACCUACAGCAAUUCCACAGGUCUACGUAGGAGUACCGACUGCACCCCUUGUCCUGGGGGUUAUUAUUGUGAUGGUAUUGGACGAACUGCUCCGACAGAUGUGUGUGAUCCAGGAUUUUACUGUAGAGAAAAGGCCUACUCCUCAGCCCCUCCUGAUGGCCUCACAGGAGGACUGUGCCCUGCAGGAGGUUACUGUCCAGCUGGAUCUGCCACGCCUACUUCCUGUCCUGUAGGGGAGUACAGUAAAAGUCCUGGAGCUAAGACAAAGUUUGACUGUAUUCCCUGUGACCCUGGGUAUUAUUGUGCUGGUUCUAGUAGUACUUCAGCCUCAUCCAUGUGUGCUGCAGGAUUUUAUUGUACUGGGGGAUCAGGAGUCCCAACCCAAUAUUCCACACCUGCUGGUCACUACACAAAAGAAGGAGCCUUUAAACCAGAGCCCUGUCCAGCUGGUCAAUUCCAACUGGCCAAAGAGUCAUCACAGUGUGAAUUGUGUAGUCAAGGUUACUACUGUAAUGGGACUGGUACAGUUGAUCAGAUUCUGUGUCCAAGAGGAUAUUAUUGUCCUGAAGGCAGUAGCUAUCCUACACCUUGUCCUCGAGGAACAUUCCUGAAGGAUACUGGAAAGUAUGAAGAAGCUCACUGUGAUCCCUGUACCACUGGUUAUGCCUGUGAUUCUGUAGGACUUCCUGAGGCUGUGACUCCAUGCUCUGCAGGACACUAUUGUACUUUAGGAUCUAACAUGACUGACCCUGUUGGGCAAACUUUCGGUGACUUCUGUCCUCCUGGCUAUUAUUGUCCUGAGGGCACUGGAGACUAUCAGCAUUACCCUUGUGCAAAUGGAACAUACAGUGCUUACACAGGUAACAUGGGAGAGAGUAACUGUACUGCUUGUGAUGGUGGUAAAGCUUGUGUUGGAGCUGGUCUGACUGCUCCUAACAGGAACUGUUCAGCUGGUUAUUACUGUAAGUCAGGGGCAUACUCCGACACCCCAAUGGAUGGAGGAGCCACAGGUGAUCCAUGUACAAAGGGUCACUACUGUCCUGAGGGGACCAGUACUCCUCUGGCCUGUCCAGCAGGGUCCUACAUGAACACCACAGGGUACUCCUACUGUUUCGACUGUCCUGCAGGAUUUUUCUGUGUUUCGGGAGAAGUGGACCCCUUGAGGUGCCCCAGAGGAAGAUAUUGCCCUGGCAACACUACAGCUGACCAACCUCCCUGUCCUACAGGCACAUAUAACCCUGAUUAUGGAAUGACCAAGGAAUCAGACUGCCUGCCUUGUUCUGGGGGAUACUAUUGUUACAAACUUGGUGCCAUUAAUUUUGAUUUCAGCUUGAAUGACACAGGAACAGGACAGUGUGCUGCAGGCUAUUACUGCAAAUCAGGAGUAAAUGUCAGUACCCCCACACCUGCUACAACCAGUGGUAUUGGAGGCCCAUGUCCCCCGGGAUUCUACUGUCCAAUACAAACAGAGGAUCCUGUCUCCUGUCCCAAUGGAACAUACAGAGACCUACCCCAGGGAGAGAAAGUUGCUGAUUGUUGGCCAUGUAAGCUGGGACAUUACUGUGGAACAAAGAAUCUAACUGAUGCUACAGGACCAUGUGACAAAGGAUUCUACUGCUACAGAGGAAACAAUGUGCCUACACCAUUAGGGGAUCAGCCUGAUGUAGGAGGUCCAUGUCCGGUUUCUCACUACUGUCCAGAAGGAACAUCCACCCCUCUGGCCUGUCCCUCAGGCACAUACAACAAUCUGACUGGGCAGUGGAACUGUACAGAAUGUCCUGCUGGCUUCUACUGUAAUGAAAACACAACCUCCUAUGAACCCUUCCCAUGUCCCACUGGAUAUUAUUGUCCCAAUGGAACCAAGAAUGCCAAUGAGUAUCCUUGUCCCAAGGGCAGUUACCGUGACACUUUGAUGGGACAGAGUGAAUCAGAUUGUCUCCCUUGUACAGCUGGAAACUACUGUGGAACACAGGGCCUCAGUGCUGUGUCAGGACAGUGUACUGCAGGAUAUUUCUGUGUCCUUGGUGCCUGGUCAGCCACCCCUACAGACUACAACAAUUUUACAUCAGGAGACUGUCUGUGCCCAGCUAACAGCACUGGGGGGAUAUGUCAGCCUGGUUACUACUGUCCCACAGGAUCCAGGGAACCCACAUUGUGUGAUGAAGGACAUUACUGUAACACACCAGGUUUGGCCACCACUGCCGGUCAAUGUCAGGCUGGAUACUACUGUGCAGGACGCGCUGACCGCCAGGAUCCUACUGAUGGAGUAACAGGAAAUAUCUGUCCACCAGGCAGAUAUUGUGGAGUUGGAACCACAAGCAAUCAACCAAAAUGUCCAACAGGCACCUUUUCGAAUAAGACAGGAAAUACUUUGUCAUCAGAUUGCACACCGUGUACUCAGGGAUACUACUGCCAGAAUGAGGGUCUGACAGAACCCACUGGGCCUUGUGAUGCAGGAUACUAUUGUCCUACUGGUCAGAACAUAAGUAACCCAUUUGUUUGUUCUGCUGGAUUCUACUGCCCAGUGGGAAGUUUUGAACAGAUCAAAUGUCCAUCUGGUCAAUACCAGGACCAGCAAGGCCAGUCGUCCUGUAAAACGUGUCCACCAGGCUAUUACUGUGACAUUGCUAACUCCCCUGUAACUACCUAUUCCCCCUACCCCUGUCCACAGGGUCACUAUUGUCCUAAUGGUACAGAGUCCAGCACUCACUACCCCUGUCCAGCAGGAACCUACAAUCCAUACACCAAACUUCGAGAUGUCACGGAAUGUACAUCUUGUGAUGCCGGGAAGUAUUGUGGAACUAAUGGACUUACUGCAGUCACUGGUGACUGUUUGGCUCAGUACUGGUGUAUUAAUGGCUCUUCUACUUCGACACCCACUGAUGGGGUCACUGGUCAACUAUGUCCAGCUGGUCAGUACUGUGUACAAGGAACUCCUGUCCCAACCCCUUGUCCACUAGGUACAUGGUCCAACAGUACUGGUCUGGCACUGGCUGGAGAAUGUACUGACUGCUCAGGAGGGCAAUAUUGUGACACCACAGGAUUGACUUCACCCACAGGACCAUGUUCUCCAGGGUACUACUGCUCAGGAAAAUCCAUCACAGCCACACCCAAUGACACCACAACUGGAGACCCAUGUACAAUAGGACAUUACUGCCCAGAGGGCACUGCCGUCCCAAUCCCCUGUCCAGAUGGGAAGUACAUGACUAACACUGGUGCUGCUGAAUGCUGGAACUGCACACCAGGACAUUAUUGUAUCACUGGUUUGACUCCUGAUGAUUGUCCACCUGGCUAUUAUUGCCCUGAAGGUACAGGGCAGAUCUGGCAAUCUUGCCCUCUAGGAACAUUCAGUACUUCCACAGGCCUCUGGGAUGCGGAUAACUGUACACAGUGUACAGGAGGCUGGUAUUGUGAUAAACUUAAUGCUACAACAUUGGCUGGUAAAUGUAAUGCUGGAUACUACUGUACUUCUGGAUCGAACACACCAUCACCAGAUGUCAACAAUACUGGGGUUGCUGGACCAUGUCCUACAGGUCAUUAUUGCCCUCAACAGACCACCACACCUCUUCCAUGUCCACUGGGAACCUUCAACAACCAGACUAAAUUAACACUGCAAUCAGAAUGCACACCUUGUUCCUAUGGAAAAUACUGUGGCUCCACGGGUCUCACUGAGCCCUCAGGAGACUGCUGGGCUGGAUUUUACUGUCUGCAGGGAGCUCAAUCACCAAACAAUCCAGUGGUAGAUGCCACAGGAGGACCCUGUCCUAUUGGCAGUUAUUGUCCCAAUGGAACCUCAUAUCCACUGGGAUGCCCAGCAGGACAAUACAAUCCAUCCACUGGACUGGCUGAAUGUAUACAAUGUCCAGCUGGCUACUACUGCCCUGAAAAUUCUACAAACUAUGUAGGAAACGACUGUCCCAAAGGUCAUUACUGCCUGCCAGGAACUGGUAGCAUGAACCAAUAUCCAUGUAGUAUAGGUACCUAUAAUGACUAUAUAGGCAAGCAAUCCAGUGCUGACUGUGUUCCUUGUGAUCCAGGCAAGUAUUGUGCUACACCUGGCCUCUCCCUCCCUACAGGGGACUGUAUGGCAGGCUGGUACUGUGUGAGGGGGGCAUCAUCCAACCAGCCCACUGACAUCACCACUUUUAACUACACCAUGUCUUCCUGUUUCUGUCCUGUCAACCAGACAGGAGGGAAAUGUCAACCAGGAGAGUAUUGUCCAACAGGCUCAGAUCAACCCCAGUCUUGUCUUCCAGGAUACUACUGUAGCUCUGCAGGAUUAGCCAAUGUCACGGGGCCAUGUGAUGCUGGUUACUACUGCACACUGGGAGCAACACGAUCAGACCCACAGAACGAUGCCACCGGAGGCACCUGUCCUACUGGACACUACUGUCCACAGGGGACCGGAGUCCCUCAGGGCUGUCCCCCUGGUUACUUCUCUAAUGCUACUGGGAAUGUGGACUUCUCAGGCUGUAAACUCUGUACUGCAGGUUUUUACUGUGAGACAACUGGACUCUCAGCCCCUACUGGUGACUGUUCUGUUGGUUACUACUGUCCAGCUGGCCAAAAUGUCAGUAACCCUACAGCUUAUGUGUGUACCCCUGGUCACUACUGUCCUGCUGGAAGUCCUUCAGAGGUGUCUUGUCCCUCUGGCUCAUACCAAAAUCAACUAGGACAGGGAACUUGUAAGAACUGCCCAGAAGGCUAUUAUUGUGAUGGCACUAUACAAAACAGCACCUUCUGUUCCACUGGUGUCCAAAACCCAACAUCUUGUCAACCUGGUUACUAUUGUCCAAACGGAACCAAAUACGCCACAGAGUUUGGCUGUCCUAAUGGUACGUACAGUGACCAGUCUUACCUGAAGUUGGCUAGUGAGUGCAUCACCUGCCCAGGAGGAAAGUACUGUGGACAGGAAGGUCUAUCAGCCCCCUCUGGUGACUGCCAUGGUGGCUAUGUCUGUAUACUGGGGGCCUACACUGCAACACCAACAGAUGGCACCACUGGCAAGAUCUGUGAUCCCGGAGCUUACUGUCCUGUAGGAUCCAAUAGCACCACACUGUGCCCAGCUGGAACAUACAGCCCCACACAAGGUCUGCAGUACCUAACUGAGUGUACUGGGUGUACUCCUGGAAUGUUUUGUCCAAACAGUGGAAUGACAGCUCCACAAGGAAACUGUUCUGCUCAGUACUACUGUGCAGGUAAUGCCACAACAGCCACACCUACCGAUGGAGUGACCGGUAAUGCUUGUCCAGUGGGACAUUACUGCCCUGAGGGAACACCCACUGCCAUUCCAUGUGACCCAGGAUAUUACACAGACACCACUCUCAACUCUGUGUGUCAAAUCUGCCCUGCUGGUAAAUACUGUACAACAGGGUCUAACCCUCAGGCAUGUCCAGCUGGGUUCUACUGUCCUGAGGGAACCGGACAUGUCUGGCAAGCUUGUCCAGCAGGUACCUUCAACCCAAGCACAGGACUGUCAAAUGUAACUGAAUGCACUCAAUGUACUGGAGGAUUCUACUGUGAUGUGACCAAUCUGACAGCAGUGGCUGGUUCCUGUGCAGCGGGUUACUUCUGCAGAAGUGGAUCAGAUGAUGAGACUCCAAGUGGUUCUACAGCGGGAGAUGCUGGACCUUGCCCUAUUGGUCAUUAUUGUAUAGCACAGACUCAGGACCCAACACCAUGUCCAGCUGGAACGUUCAACAACCGAACCAUGCUCCAAGCAGAAUCUGAGUGCCAACAGUGUACACCUGGAUACUACUGUGAGGUUCCAGGUCUGGAGUACCCAACUGGAAUUUGUAAUCCUGGCUUCUUCUGUGCUGGAGGUUCAAAUUCAUCCAGUCCCUCUACCACUGAUGCCACAGGAGGACCAUGUCCAGCUGGUACCUACUGUCCAGCAGGAACCAGUGUAGCCAUCAACUGUACAGCAGGAACCUACACUCUGACUGACCAGCAGUCUAACUGUACAACAUGUCCUACUGGUUAUUACUGUCCAUCUGGAAGCAGCAGCAUUACUGCCUGUCCUCAAGGUUACUACUGUCCAGUGGCCACGGAGUUUGCCUAUCAAUAUCCAUGUCCAAAUGGUACAUACAACAACAUUACCGGAGCCCAGGAUUCUAGUCUCUGUCAGAUGUGCCCUCCAGGGGAGUACUGUCCUACCCCGGGGCUGGGCCUGCCGGCUGGGAAGUGUUCUGGAGGCUGGUACUGCACAUCUGGUUCCUGGUCCAGUCAACCAGCAGUUCUGGGUAAUGACACUGGUUCUACCUGUGACUGUCCAGCUCAGAGUAUUGGUGGGAAGUGCCAGGCUGGUACCUUCUGUCCAGAAGGAUCGUCAACUCCAACUUCCUGUCUUGGGGGACAUUACUGUGAUGUGGCUGGUCUAGAUAAUGUUACUGGAGAGUGUUUACCAGGAUAUUACUGUAGUGGAGGUGCCAUUUUAAUGAAUCCUAUCAAUGAGACAUACGGUGACAUCUGUCCAAAGGGACACUACUGCCCCCAGGCCAGCUCUUAUGCUAUACCAUGUGCUGAGGGAACAUUCAACAACUGGUUUGGGGCUAACAACAUCUCCACAUGUCUACCAUGCACAGCUGGCAAAUACUGUUCAGGAACAGGGAGAGCAUUGCCCAAUGAUGACUGUGACGUAGGAUGGUACUGUCCCGAAGGUUCUAUUGUUCCACAGCCUCCAGGAAAACAAUGCCUGGCAGGGCAUAUGUGUCCUAAGGGCAGUCCAUCACAAACACCCUGCUCCUCUGGAUAUUAUCAACCUCUUCCUGGACAGGGGGCUUGUACAGAGUGCCCUGCUGGAAAAUACUGUUCUCAGACUGAGGCGAUAGCAGAACAACAAAGUGGAGUGAAUGCUUCAUCACACGGAGUUGUAACACCAAAAGACUGUCCAUCAGGAUUCUAUUGUCCUAAUGGCACACAGACUGACCGAGAAUACCCCUGUCCAGUUGGGACAUACAGUAACACCACUGGCCUGGAGAGUGUAGCAGAGUGUACAGAUUGCCCACCAGGUUAUUACUGUGACUCGGAGAAUAUCACUGAACCAUCUGGACAAUGCUUUGCUGGAUAUUAUUGUAUCCUGAAGUCUUCCUCUCCCACACCAUCACUAUCAGCUGCUGGUGGCCCUUGCCCCCAGGGAUCCUACUGUGAGGUGGGCUGGUCUUACCCCACACCUUGUCCCAAGGGAACCUAUGGAGAUAGAGAGCAGCUUCCAUCUUUGAAUGACUGUACAUUCUGUCCACCUGGAGACUACUGUUCCUCUUCCAAUCUGAAUGCUUCCACAGGGUCAUGUUUAGCUGGGUACUACUGCACCAAUGGAUCAGAGGAGGCCAAUCCAGUUGGUAAAACAUAUGGUGAUGAAUGUCCAGCUGGUCAUUAUUGUCCAGAAAAAAGUUACCAGCCCACAGCCUGCCCAGCAGGUACCUACAAUCCCAACACCAGAAGCACCAACCAGACUGCCUGUCUCUCCUGUGACCCAGGUAAAUUCUGUAAUGGAACAGGACUUUCUGCAGUCUCUGGAGACUGCACUGAUGGCUUCUACUGUACUGGAGGAGCUAGUUCUUCUGCUCCCUAUGAUGGACUUACCGGAAACAUUUGCCCUGCUGGGUCCUACUGCCCUGCAGGCUCUCCACAGCACCUGUUCUGUCCUAACGGCACCUACACUAACCACACAGGGGCUUCCUCCUGUUAUGAUUGUCCAGAGGGUUAUUACUGUGUGAACAAAGACCGAGCUGACCUGUGUCCACCUGGGUAUUACUGCCCAUACCAGACAGGAGCGGAUCUCCAGCCUUGCCCUGCAGGAACCUACAACCCAGUGUCUGGUCUGGCCAAUGUCAGUCAAUGUACACAGUGUGAUGGAGGGAAGUAUUGCCAGGUGCCAGGACUCUCUGCUGUUAGUGGAAACUGUAACUCAGGAUUCUUUUGUACAUCUGGAGUGGACACAGCCAGUCCUGCAGGUAAUAACACAGGAGUAGGAGGUGUGUGUCCUAUAGGGAGUUAUUGCCCAGAGGCUACUAUCACCCCUCUACCUUGCCCAGCUGGACAAUACAGUGACAGUACAGGCCAGACAAACUGUACCCUGUGUCCACUGGGUUAUUACUGUGUGGAGAACUCCACUGCCUUCUCAGAACAGCUCUGUCCCCCAGGCUAUUACUGUCCAGAGGGUACCAGUAAUCCAUACCAGUAUCCCUGUCCUAAAGGAACCUACAACCCCGUCAAUGCUAGCCACUCCCUCAGCGACUGUCUCACCUGCCCACCAGGACAAUACUGCCAGUCUGAUGGUCUUGGUGCCACCUCUGGAAACUGCACCGCAGGAUGGUACUGUACAGGGGGUUCCUACAUGGCUCAACCCACCACCACUGCCAACCAGACCAACCUGCCAGACUGUACCUGUCCAUUAGCCAACUACACAGGUGGACAGUGUUGGCCAGGUACCUACUGUCCAAGCGGAACAAAUUACCCAGUUAAUUGUGAUCCCGGGAAGUACUGUAUGCAGUCUGGAUUAUCUGCCCCAGAAGGUGACUGUGAUGCUGGGUAUUACUGUAAUGCUAGCAGUACCCGUCCUGACCCUCCAGGAAAUGAGUGCCCUGCUGGGUAUUACUGUGAGGCAGGGUCAGGAACACCCACACCAUGUCCAGCUGGGACGAUGUCCAACACCGGGGGAAAUACAAAUUCCAGUAACUGUCUCCAGUGUACUCCAGGUUAUUAUUGUGCUGGAACUGCCAAUACCAAUGUAACUGGCCUCUGCUCAGCUGGAUUUUACUGCCCAGGUGGUCAAGACAGUGCCACACCCUUAGACUACAACUGUACAAUGGGUCAUUACUGUCCAGCUGGAUCUGGACAACCUGUGCCCUGUGCUGCUGGGUCAUACCAAGACAGUGUAGGAUCUACAACAUGUCUGCCAUGUCCUGCAGGAAGUUACUGUGAUCCUGUGGAAGCUGCUGCCUCACUGGGAAUCAAUGGAACAGGAGUGGUAACCCCCACAGACUGUCCCCGGGGUCACUACUGCCUCCAGAGCACCCCCAGCAGUACUACCUAUCCUUGUCCUUUAGGGGCCUUCAACAAUGGCACAAAACUUCAGGCAGCAAGUUCCUGUCUCUCCUGUACAUCAGGCUACUACUGUGGUGCUCUUGGCUUGACAGAACCAACUGCUCCUUGUGAUGCUGGCUAUGUGUGCACAAGUGGAGCAAACUCCUCCUCACCAACAGAUGGCACCACUGGUUACCUCUGCCCAAUGGGAGCAUACUGCCCAGCUGGUUCUGGGUUAGAAACCAAAUGUCCAACAGGAACAUUUAGUAAUCAGACUGGCCUCCAUAAUGUCUCAUCUUGUGAACAGUGCACACCUGGAUGGUAUUGUAAUGUACAAGGCUUGACUUCUCCUGCUGGGAAAUGUUUGGCUGGUCACUAUUGCCUCCUGGGAUCUACAGAACAGAAUCCUAUUGGCCAGUCUUAUGGAGACUACUGUACAGCUGGUCACUACUGUCCUGAGGGCACAGGAAGUCCUGUUCCUUGUCCAAUUGGAACAUACCUCCCCAGCACUGGACAGUCUUUACAGAUCCACUGUAUUGAUUGUGCACUAGGAAAAUAUUGUGACACUGUUGGGCAAGCCAAUUACACAGGUGACUGUGAUGCUGGAUUUUACUGUGACCGAGGAGCCAAUGUUAGCCAGCCCACUGAUGGGGUCACAGGAGGGGUGUGUCCUGCAGGAAACUACUGUCCCCAGGGUACUGCAGUGCCCAUACCAUGUGAAGAUGGUUCUUAUAUGAAUCACACCCAGGCCAGUCUAUGUGACCCUUGCCCUGCUAGAUAUUACUGUGUUAACAAAGACAGAGCAGAUCCAUGUCCAGUUGGCAAAUACUGUAUUGGAAACACAGGCUUUAACUAUUCCCUGUGUCCCCCUGGAACAUACAACCCAACUGAGUUACUGAUGUCCGAGUCUGAAUGUAAGCAGUGUGAUGGAGGAUACUACUGUGAUGUACCAGGGCUGUCCAAUGUGACCGCUCCCUGUGCUGAGGGGUACUACUGCCAGAGUGGGGUCAACACUGCAGCCCCCAGUAACAACAACACAGGAUUUGGAGGUGGCUGUCCUGAAUCCCACUACUGUCCACUGGGCACCACAGAACCUAUCUCCUGUCCUGCCGGAACAUACAAUGACCUGACUCACCAGAAAAUCUGCAAGUCAUGUGAGCCAGGCUAUUACUGUCUGGCCAACUCCACCACAUACCUGUCCACACCUUGUCCUGCAGGUUCCUACUGCCCCAGUGGAACUCAGUUUUCCACAGAACACCUCUGUCCAGCUGGUACAUACAACAAUAAAACUGGUGCCAACAGUGAAUUUGAUUGUUUACCUUGUACAGGUGGUAAAUACUGUAAUGGAGAUGGUCUAUCAGAGCCCAGUGGUGACUGUGCUGCAGGGUGGUACUGCUCAGGUGGUGCCUACACAGACAAACCCACCACAUAUGUCAACUCCACCACACUGUACAGCACCAACUAUUCUUGUCCUGUUUAUGCCCUCAACAACACUGGAGGCAUUUGUGAACCAGGAUACUACUGUCCAGUGGGAAGUAACCUGCCCCUCUCGUGCAGCUUGGGUAAAUACUGUGAUACCUACGAGCUGUCCUCUCCUACAGGAAACUGUUCCGCAGGCUACUUCUGUAAUGGUACUGCCAGUGUUCCCAACCCCAGGGAGUGUGACAUGGGAUACUACUGCCCAGAGGGAACAACAGUGCAGAUGCCCUGCCAACCAGGGACAUUCUCAAAUCGAACAGGAAACACCAAUGACUCUUUCUGCAUGCCUUGUACUGCUGGUCAAUACUGCCAGGAUUAUGGGCUGGCCCUGCCUAACGGAGACUGUUUUGCUGGUUAUUAUUGUCCAGAAGGUCAGGAUGUACCACAACCAACCACAUAUGCAUGUAGCCCAGGUCACUUCUGUGAAGUGGGCAGUUGGAAUGAGACAGGAUGUCCUUCAGGAAUGUAUCAACCUCACUGGACCAGAUCAACCUGUGACAUCUGUCCAGCUGGCUCCUACUGCAAGGCCUUUGGAGAUUAUGAGGUUCUUGAUGCACCAAAUGUCACCUUGUCAGGUAACUACACCAACAGGUACAGGAGCUACCGUGGUGUAUCUGUCCCCACAGCCUGUCCCUCAGGGUCCUACUGCCCACAAGGCACCAAGGACGCCAUGGAAUACCUGUGUCCAGAAGGUUCCUACAGUAACAAGACAAGCCUGAACAACUACACACAAUGUACACCUUGUGAUCCUGGGUAUUACUGCAGUGGACAAGGUAACACAGAGUCUGUGACAAAGUGCUCUGCAGGUUACUACUGUACAAGUGGUGCCUACAAUUCAACCCCAACAGAUGGCACCACAGGCAACAUCUGCCCACCUGGCCGCUACUGUGAAGUGGGCAGCAUUACUGGAUUGGGCUGCCCAGUGGGCACUUACAGUAACCAGGUUGGACUACAGAGCAGUUCAGAGUGUACCAACUGUACAGGAGGCUAUUACUGUGGAACAACUGGGCUUACAGCAGAGUCUGGUCUCUGUCAUGCAGGAUAUUACUGCACACUUGGAUCAGAAGAACCAGCUCCCAUUGGUAAGUCCUAUGGAGAUGUGUGUCCUGCUGGGCACUACUGUAACAAUGGCACCCACACUCCAGCACCAUGUCCCCCGGGCACAUUCCUCAACUCUACAACUAUGGGAGACAUCAACGACUGCCUACAGUGUUCUCCAGGUUAUUUCUGUGAUGGACAUGGACAAACAGCAGUAACAGCAGAGUGUGCUGCUGGGUACUACUGCACCCUGGGAGCCAACACAUCCACACCAACAGAUGGCAGCACAGGAAACAUCUGCCCAGAAGGCCAUUACUGUAUUCAGGGAUCUAGUAAACCUGAACCUUGUGGAAAUGGAACCUAUAUGAACCACACUGGUGCCUCUUCCUGUUACGUCUGUCCUGCAGGCUACUAUUGUGUCAACAGAGACAGGGCAGAUAUCUGUCGACAGGGAUAUUACUGUCCAGAAGGUACUGGGGCAGACCUUCAACCCUGUCCCACAGGAACUUUCGGAAACACCACAGGACUUAUCAAUGAAACACAAUGUAGUCCAUGUACAGGUGGAUCUUUCUGUGGCACCCCUGGAGCCUCCCAGCCAGAUGGGGAGUGUUUGUCUGGUUAUUAUUGUGAAACUGGAGUUGACACAGCCACACCCACAGAUUCUGGGGCUCACAAAGGAAUAGGAGGACAGUGUCCCCUUGGAUCCUACUGUCCAAAAGGAUCAGCCACACCAGCACCUUGUGCUGCUGGGACAUAUACCAGUGUCAAACAAAAGGGAUCUUGUGACCAGUGCACUGGAGGCUACUACUGCGUAAUGAACACCAGUGACCCCAGCUCCUUCCCCUGCCCUGUGGGUCAUUAUUGUCCCCCAGGAACUCAGUAUGACACCCAGUACAAGUGCCCUGCUGGUACCUACAAUCCCCUUCCCACCCAGACCAGCUCCUCAGCAUGUAAACUGUGUGAUGCUGGUACCUAUUGCUUUGGGGAUGGAUUGAGUGCCCCCACAGGAAACUGUAGUCAGGGCUGGUUCUGCACUGGAGGAGCCUCAGAGACCAAACCAUUGCUGCUUGGAAACUACACCAGUAUAGAUGUGUGUACCUGUCCAGCCAAUAAUUACACGGGGGGUAAAUGUCAACCUGGGUCCUUCUGUCCGGAGGGAUCUUCUGCCCCAACGUUGUGUACAGCUGGAAUGUACUGUGAUGACUUUGAAUUGGCUACUCCUAAAGGAAAUUGUCAAGCUGGGUACUACUGCCCGAUUGGUCAGACUGAAGCUAACCCUUCUGCUUUCAUCUGUAUUGCUGGUCAUUACUGUGAGGAGGGAUCAGGCACGCCCACUCAGUGUCCAAUCGGAACCUUCUCCAAUGCCACGGGGAACAGCAAUGUCACUGACUGCAAACCUUGUACUGCUGGAUAUUAUUGUGAUGGGCUUGGUUUAGUGGCUGAAACAGGACCAUGUACUGCAGGGUAUUAUUGCCCUGAGGGCCAAACAACUGGGGCACCAACAGCAUAUGUAUGUCCCACAGGAUCAUAUUGCCCCACAGGAAGUGCUCUACCAACCAUAUGUCCAAGAGGUAAAUACAACUAUCAGACUACCCAGGCCACUUGUCUGGACUGUCCAGCAGGGAAAUAUUGUGACCCCCAUGAGAAUGGUAACGUGACGGGAAUUGUGACCCCAGAAAGCUGCCCUGCUGGUUAUUAUUGCCUGUUGGGUACAGGAUACAACAUGACCUAUCCUUGUCCAACAGGAACGUACAGUCCAAUCACAGACCUAACUGCUGCCAGUUCCUGUCCUUCAUGUGACCCAGGCAAAUACUGUCAGACCCCCGGUCUAACAGCCCCAGAGGGAGACUGUGCCACUGGUCACUGGUGUAUGAAUGGGGCCAACACGUCCACUCCCACAGAUGGGACGACUGGCGAUGUGUGUCCACAAGGAAGUUACUGUCCAGCUGGCAGCUUCAGAGGAACUUACUGUCCACAAGGCACAUUUGGCAACACAACAGGACUGAGAACAGCCAAUGAAUGCAUUGCCUGUGAGCCUGGCUACUAUUGCCCCUCUCAGGGACAUACAAAACCUUAUGAUCAGUGUAGUGCUGGUUACCACUGUUCUGGGGGAUCUAUUGAGGCCAGCCCUGUGGGUCAGGCCUAUGGAUAUAUCUGCCCUGUUGGACACUACUGCCCACAAGGAACACCAGUCUUAGUACCUUGUCCCAAAGGAACCUAUCAGCCAGGCACAGGAAAGUCACAGUUGUCACAUUGUGUGGACUGCUCACCAGGUCGGUACUGUCUGGAAUCUGGUAAUGACACUACAACCGGAGAUUGCCAGGCUGGUUAUUACUGCAUUGGUAAAGCUGAGGUUCCCAACCCAACAGAUGGAACAACAGGAAAUAUUUGCCCUAUUGGUCAUUACUGCCCCACUGGUUCAUCAUCUCCACAGCCCUGCAGUUCAACCACCUACAUGAACCACACAGGUGCAGCAGUAUGUUACACUUGUCCCGAGGGUUACAUGUGCACCUCUGGCAGCACUGCUGACCCCUGCCCCCAGGGAUACUACUGUCCUAUAGGGACUGGUACAGACAAGAAACCAUGUCCUGUUGGUACAUUUGGAGCGACAGACAGAUUGAGUAACGAGACUGAGUGUACGGCCUGUACAGGAGGUCAUUACUGUGACUCUCAGGCCCUUACCCAGCCAGCUGGGGGAUGUAAUGCAGGGUAUUACUGUGUCUCAGGUGUGAACAUUGCCUCCCCUGCUGUGGCUGGAACCUUCCUUGGUGAUGGAGGGGUGUGUCCCCCUGGAACAGAGUGUCCUGUCAACUCCAGCUAUCCUACACCUUGUGCCCCAGGGAGAUAUGCUCCUAUGGGAACUACUGCAGCAUGUAGUGACUGCCCAGCUGGUUACUACUGUGUAAAUGCCACUGUGACCCCUACUACUUGUCCAGUAGGUCACUACUGUCCCAAGAACACAGAGUUUGACCACCAUUACCCAUGUCCUGCAGGAACUUAUUACAACCAGACUGGAGGCUUAGCAGAGACUGACUGCAUGGACUGUCCACCUGGCCAGUAUUGUGAGGGGACAGGCAAUGUGUACCCUACAGGCUUCUGUGACGAGGGAUUCUGGUGUGGAGGUAAAUCCUUCCAGAGACGACCGUAUGACACAGGAAACCUCACAGUCAUCAAUGGCACUACCAAUGACUUGUAUUCCAAUGACACCUGUGCCCCGCUGUGGGGAUGUGUGUGUCCAGCAUUUCAAAUGACCAGUGGAGGUAUCUGUCCAAUGGGAUACUUCUGUCCUGUUGGGUCCUCUCAGCCUUCUGCUUGUACCCCUGGCAUGUACUGUGAGACACCAGGAUUGCCCCUCCCAACAGGAAACUGCAGUGCAGGCUGGUACUGCAAUCACACAAGUUCCACCAAAUACCAACAUAUCUGUCCAGCUGGAUCCUACUGCCCAUCCGGAUCAGACAUCCCCACUCCAUGUCCAGCUGGAACCUACUCUGGUCUGGAUAACAAUGGAGCCCUCAGUGAUUGUGUCAACUGUACAGCGGGCCAGUAUUGUCAUGGUCUUGGAAACACAGCUCCUACAGCCCAGUGUGCACCAGGUUACUACUGCCCGGGGGGUCAGGAGACUAGCACACCCUCGGGUCUGGAAUGCUUUGCAGGCCAUUAUUGCCCACAGGGCUCAAAUUACCCCAUCAUGUGUUCUAAUGGAACCUAUCAACCAAGUCCAGGACAAGACAACUGUCUGACCUGCCCAGCUGGAUAUUUCUGUGAUUCCGCAACAGGAAAUGUGACAUACGUGAAUGGAAACCCUGUGGUUAACCCCACGGCUUGCCCCACAGGAUAUUAUUGUCCUGAGGGUACAAUUUCUGGCCAGUCUUAUCCCUGUCCCAUUGGAACAUUUGGUCCCAAUCAGUACCUGUUUGCCCAGGAGAAUUGUACGUCUUGUACAGCAGGUUACUACUGUGAACAGACAGGGUUGUCUGCCCCUACUGGAGAGUGCUAUGGAGGCUUCUACUGUACAGGUGGUGCUGAAGUUGCUGAACCUGUGUCUCACAAUGUCAAUUUGACCCAUAAUGUCACCUUCACUGGAAAUGACAGAUGUCCAACAGGGUAUUUCUGUCCCAAUGGUACAAGCUACCCCAAGCCGUGCCCCAUAGGGACCUUCUCAGAAGUGAGGGAGGUGUCUGUGGAGACUGACUGUCAGCCGUGUAGACCAGGGAGGUACUGUAAUCAACAGGCCUUCACCAUGAUCACCACUGCCCCUAACUGCUCAGCUGGGUACGUGUGCACAGGGGGAGCCAGUAAUCCUAUCCCCAAUGCAACACAUGGAUACAUAUGCCCCACUGGUCAUUUCUGUGUAGAGGGCACCACACAAGAGCAGGGCUGUCCUCUGGGUACAUACCAGUCCAACAUGGGUCAGGACCAUUGUCUCAAUUGUCCUGCUGGCAAAAUGUGCACAGAGUUGAACUUGACGCUGCCAUUGGAUUGUAAAACAGGAUAUUACUGUCUGGCUGCCCAGGACCCAAUUCCGUGUCCUAAUGGUACCUAUAACAAUGCCACAGGAAUGGAUGACCUCUCAGAUUGUGUGGACUGUCCAGUAGGAAAAUAUUGUGAAGGAAUUGGAAACAGUAUCCCUGAUGGUGACUGUGAUGCUGGGUACUUCUGCGAAGGUGGAGCCACCAGCCGUGCCCCUUCCCCCUCAAUGACCUACCCCAACAAUGGACUGUGUGACCCAGGGAGAUACUGUACCUCAGGGACCAGCAGUCAAGUAGAGUGUCCCACUGGCACCUUCAGAAACACCUCAGGUGCUGCGUCAGCAUCAGAUUGUCUCCCCUGUACUGGUGGUUACUACUGUGCGGGCACUGGACUGACCUCUCCCACUGGUCUGUGUGCUGCGGGCUACUACUGUCCAGAUAAUGAAACCAUUGCUUCUGCCACACCUACUGGCUUCCAGUGCCCAGCAAACUACAAGUGUCCCGAGGGAUCUGCCGAUCCUGUGGCCUGUCCAUCAGGGGAGUACCAGGCCAAUAUGGGGCAGUCCACAUGUGACAAAUGUCCAGCUGGCUACUUCUGUAACACAACUGGAAAUGUACCAAUCAAAUAUGACUGUCCACCAUUCCAUUAUUGUCCAGAAGGAACCUGGAAUCCUACAAACUGUCCAGAUGGAACAUUUACCUUUUCCAAUAUGACUAAUCUGGAAUCUGCUGCUGAGUGCUUGCCCUGUCUACCUGGAAAUUACUGCAGAGGAGGACAAAUUUCCAGUGAGUGUUUAGCUGGAUACUGGUGCAAAUCUGGGUCAAGCAAUAACCUAGUCAACAGAACCAUGGAAUUCCAGAACUGCUCAGCCAAUCAGGACUGUUCUGGCCUGUGUCCAAGAGGUCACUACUGUCCACAAGGUGUCGAUCUACCUGUCCCAUGCCCAGAGCACACGUAUAGAGGUACAGAAGGGGCUGAGACUCCGGAUCAGUGUGACCCUUGUCCUGCAGGCUUCUACUGUCCAUCAGGCACUGCUGAUCCUGAUCCAUGUCCCAUUGGUUAUUACUGUGAGGAGGGAAAUGGUACCACAGAAUGUCCCAGACUACAAUUCAGAAAUAUCACAGGGGCAGCCACUGUGUCAGACUGCUUCCCCUGUGUGGCAGGGUACUACUGCAAUGAGACAGGUAUGUCUGAUUACUCCACCUAUCCAUGUCCACCCGGAUUUUAUUGUUUGGAAGGAUCAGAGCCAAUACUUUGUCCUGCUGGUAGGAUGAGAGACAGUGCAGGAGCUGAGAAUUACACAGACUGUGAACUUUGUCGUGGUGGCUACUACUGCCCCAAUGAUACAAUCAAUACACAAGGCAUCCCUUGUAGAGCUACUUAUGAAUGUCCCACUGGUGCCUCAAUGGAGAUUGACUGCCGUCCAGGUCAUUACUGCCCAGGUGUAACUGGAACCCCACCAAUCUGUCCACCAGGAUACUACUGUCCAAAUGCAACUGAGACUCCCAUUUUAUGUGUAUACCCAUUCUACUGCCCACAGGGUAGCAAUAUGACCUUGGCUUGUGACCUUGGAUAUCAAGCAUUGACCCAUGCUGGAAUAAGAUAUGACAAAGCAAUGUCAUGUAGAAUCUGUCCACCUGGCUAUUAUGGAAACUCUACCACCAGAGCCACCUGUGAGCUUUGUCCAGCUGGAUUCUAUUGUCCAGAAGGAACUGGUCAUGGUAACACAAACCCCUGUCCAAUUGGUACAUACUGUCCUAUAGGCUCAGAUCAUCCCACAAAAUGCCCUGCUGGAUACCGAGGAGAGAAGCUUCGAGCUGAGAGUUUCUAUGACUGUCAUGGCUGCCCUGCUGGUACGUACAGUGAUACAGAGGCUGCCACUCAUUGUAAGCCUUGUGGAAGCUCCUCCUACUCAACAGGAAACAGCUCCAUCUGUACCUGUCUAGGGAAGUACCGAUCCUUCCAGAAGUCUGUAGGAUCCUGUGUGUGUCUGUCUGGGUAUAUCUAUUAUGAUGAGACAGAUACUCAGCAGACAGAGGAGAACUCAGAUGAAGAUUGUCAGCAGAUUGUGGACACCAGAUGUACGGAGUAUGAAGUACGCCUCUCCUCCACCCGGCAGUGUGUCCUGAAGGAAAUGGUCAAUUGUAAUGCAGGAUGUGACACAUCUGGAUAUCUGGAUGUGGAACUUGGAGUGUGUCUCUGUAAUAACUUGAUAGCAGCAGAUUCUGUUUGUGACGCAUCAUGUCUGGCUGUAGCACCUGCUGUAACAGCAGAGUUACAGAAUGACGGAACACUGCAAGUGACAAUCACCAACUCCAGUGGACAUGUGGUUGAAGCAAAGACUAUGACAGACAUAUUUGGUCCACUGGAGAGCACCAAUGGUGUGAAGGGGGUGAUGGUUGUCAAUUUUUAUGAUGACCGCAUCACAGCCUCAAUCUUUAGAGAUCAGACUGAGGCCAAGGAUUUGUUCUUGACAACUCAAGAGAUGGCCAGUGGGGUGACCAAUGCCCCGGGGACCCACAUUGGUAGACGUCGUUUACUGACCACAACUGUCCCAAAUAACCAGAUUUCCAAUAGCGUUUUGUGUCUGGAACUCAAUGAAAUGGUCAUGUUCAAGGUUUGGAUCAAUGAUACGGACCGCACCAAGAGUCAUUACCCAGUCUACUUAAAGGACCAUCUGUUCAGCAAUAACCCCAACUUUGACUAUGGACAGUUCCUGGCUCUGAAGAACUUGAUUGAGACAACCAAUGUUAACAUCUCCACAUUUGCCUUUGUCUUCACAGAAGCUGGAAAUUAUGUCUUCCAGGACUACUCAACUUCCACAUCCCUGAUCUACAUUAAAGUAAUGAAUGCUGGCACCACAUGUGGUACUGGGUCCAGAGUCCAGGCAGCCACCGCCUCCAAUCUGGUGUCACUUGGAUUCUAUAAGGCAAACCCCAGCAAUGUGGCACCUGACUGGGGACUUAUCAUAGGUAUGAUAGCUUUCUUUGGUGCUCUAGUCGUGUUACUGGUUGCAGCUGUCAUUGUCUGGAGACCUAAGGAGGCUGGAAUAUACCCCAUGAAACAUUGGAAACCCCAGUAUCGAAGCCUUGGAGCCCCACCACCUGUACCUUCCUAUAUGAGAUAUGAUGUAGGACACUGGCCUGAUAAAGCCAUUGGUCUAGGAGAGAGAGUGACUGGUGAUGGAGCAGAAGCUGAUGUUCUAAACUCAAUGGCUGUCAAAGGAGUGGAGGAUCUGGAGAAUUUCAAUGUGAGAGUUUUCUAUGACAAACUGGAAGAUCAGAACCUCCACCUGGCAUCACAGCUGGCCAAACAACAGGAAGAUCUGAAAUCCUUCUACAAGAAGAUCUGUGACCAAAAUGAAGAGCUCAAGCAGCUGCUGAAGAACCUGGACCCAGCUAAACUGGAGGAACUAGAGAGGAAGAUGGCAGAGCGUGCUAAACAAGAGGAGGGCAUGCAGAAAGGAGCAGGGGAUGUCUUCAACAUCAUCAAUGGAAAAGCCAAUAUGAGAGAUGGAAAAUACAGAUUUGCCGGUGGAAACAACAGGGAAGCAGAGUUGAUGGCUGCCCUACAGCUCCUCCUAGACAGACUGAACUCUGGGAACCUGCCGAUCAGCCAGAGUGUUUGGGAGGAGAUACAGAAGGGAGGCGUAGUACCUGAUGGAGGGUCUGUUACCAACAUAAACAGACUGCCUGGAGGUCGGGGCAAACAGGGAGAAGUGCUUAGGAAACAGAGAGAGGAGAGAAUGCAGUUGGAACGAGAAUUACAGCAGGAAGAGAAUGACAUGAUCUCAGACAUGGUGUCUCGUACCGAGGAUCAGCGCAAAGACACUGUCAACAUGAUGACUGAUGGGCUUGCUGGCAAGCUCCAAGGUGACCCUAAAGAUGCACAGGUCAAGGACAUUUUAGACAAAUAUGAGAAAGACCUUGAUGCUAAUAUGAACAAGUUUAACAUGGAGAAAGAGAAACAGUUGCAAGACCUAAGAAGGAAGUUGGCUGAGAAGAGAAGGAGAAAGGAAGCUCAACUAAGAGAAAAACAUAAGCAAGAGGCUGAGGAAGCAGGUAUUCCACCACCUCUUGAAGAAGAAGACCAUGUUGCAGACACAAAGAUCAGACAAUCAGAGGCCCUGUAUGACACUCUGCUGGCAGAGGAGGCUGCUGGGGCCGCUAAAGGAGAGGGAGAGACUGACCACCAACUUAAUGAAGACAAACGCAGACUGGAGUCAGAAAAACUCCAGGAACAUCUCAACCAACUGACUCAGCAGGGCAUAAUUACAGCCCAGCAGAAGGAUGAACUGCUCAGGAAACACUUAGAAGCUGAGCAGAACCUGAAGAAGGUUCAUGACCACCAGAGAGAGACUCAGGUCUCUCACCUUAAAGACAAGCUGGCAGACAGACGCAAGAAGAAGCUGGCCAAGCUACGCAGUGAACAGGAACAAGAGCUAUCUGAUCUGUCUUCAAAACUUAUCCAAGAUGGAAACACUGAAGAUUUAGAGCAGGAGUUAGAACAGCUGAAGAAUCUUCAUAAACAGCAAAUGGAAGCCGCUGAAGCAGAGCUGGAUGCUGAGGAGAAAGAACAUGAACGACGCAUCAUAAAGAAGGUGGAUGAUGAACAUAAUGAGGCUUCCAAGAAGAAACGCAGUGAAAUAUUCAAACAGAUUGCUGACCAGUGCCCAGAAAAGCAGCAGACAGCUAUGCAACGUCUCCUUGACAACUAUCAACAUGACACAGAGACUCUUGAACAAGAGUUAGCAGUACAGAGAAGUCGUCACAUGGCAGACCUUCAAGCCAAGCUUGCUGCCAGAAGAGCCCGUAAAUUAGCGGAGGCUCAGAGGAAACUGGACGGGGAAGAGCAGCAGCGAUUGAUCUCAGAACAGAAUCGUCAGAUGCAGCAAGGAGGAGGUAUUGAGGAAGAAGAAACUGACCUGGCCCAUGUUCCUAAAGUCCAGUACAGUCAGUCCAUUGAAGAGCAGGCUCUUCAGAAGGAACAGGAGAGGAUAAGAGAAGACAUGAAGAAGAGACAAAAACAGGAAAGAGAUAAGGUAGUAGAAAAGUUGGAUGCUGAGGAGGAAAAAGAAGAGAGGUCACUGGCCAAGGAGCUGGACUCCCAGAAAGAGAAGUUACUGAGGGAGAAGAGGAACAGACAAGCUACAGAGCUGUCCUCACGCAAAGAUUUGACUGAUGAUCAAAUGAGAGAGCUGAUGGCUUCACAUGAGCAAGAACUUCAAGAUUUAGAGGAGAAACUAGAGAAUGAAAGACACAGGCAAUUCCUAAGUCUGAAGGAGAAACUCAAUGCUAAACGUAAUAGAAAGAUGGAUGAAGUACGGCGAAAACAAGAUGUGGAGACCACUAAGGAGAUGAUUGAACAAAAGAAAGAAGUGGAUGAAAUUAAAUUAAAGAAAGCUAAAGGUGUUGAACAUGAAGCCAUUGUGGAAGGAAUCAAACAAAAUGGUGAAGAAGAUACAGAUAAAGUGGUCAAGGCUGUUCUGGCAAAGAGACACGCUCAGGAAAUGCAAGACCUUGAGAACCAGUUUAAAACCAAGAGAAAGCUGGUGGUUGAUGAUGCCCUCAGUAAACUGCAUGAAAAGUAUGACAAACUGCGGGACAGUUUGUCCAAGCAGCACCAGGAAGAGUUAGCUGCCCUUCAGAAGAAGGGAUUAAGUCCGGAGGAGUAUCAGCACCAGAGAACACAGCUCCUGAACAAACAGCAGUUAGAGAUGGCGGACCUGGAGAGGAGGCUGUCUGAGGAGGAACACGAGAUAGAGAAGGGGGCACUGACUGACUGGGAGGUCCAGUAUGCCAGGGCCAAACUGGAGCUCAAGGAGAAACACUACAAGGAAUUUGCUGAGGCACUGAAGGAGUUUUCACCAGAACAUGAUGGCAUAAAGGAAGCUGAGCAGAAUGUUGAGGAACUGGAGAGACUCAAGCAUGAACUGGAACAAGAACGCAAGAACCAGUUAGACCAGGCCAAGAAAGAACAACAAGAAUUUGAAAAGAAUGAGAAAAAGCGUUUAGAGGCAGAAAUGGAAGAAUAUGCAAAACAACUAGAAAAGGACACUAUUCGUGAAAAAGAGCAGCAAGACCGCAAGAUUGAGCAGCUCAAUAAACGCAAAGAGGACAUGGUCAAAGAAAAGAAACAAAAAAUGAAUGAGGAACUUGAGAAGAUCAGACAACAGGGUGCUAGUGAGGAUGAGCAGAAACGCUUGAUUGAACAACAUGAGCGUGACUUACAGAAUAUACUCAAUAAGAUGGAUGCUGACAAGAUGAGAAUGCAGAGUAAUCUACAAGAGAGACUGAAAAAGAAGAAGGAGGAAAGACUAAGACAUAAACAAGAGGAGCUGAAAGAAAACUUCAAAGACCAGAAACGAGAGAUGGAACAAAAACAGAAGAGUGAAGCCAACAGAAUCAAGAAGAAUGAGGCAUUGGCCAUCCAAGAAAGCAUCAGUUCUGGCUAUGUCCCCCAGCGUACAUCCUCACCACCUCCAAAACAAGAUUAUCAAUCUGACACAGAGGAACCUGAGACUACAGCACCUCCUCAGGAACCCAUGCCAACCUCAUACCAGAUGGCAGCACCUCUCAAUGAGGCAGAGCUGAUGUCCCUCCUCAUGGCAUCACCAGUAUAUCAGAAACUGGAACAAAUCAAAGAUUCUGUCAAAAAUGGAAUCACACCACCCAAACAUAGAAUGAAUCCUGGUGAAGGGUAUCAAGAUACUAGAGAUGCUGAAUGGUCAAAGGACACAGAGCUGGUCCCUGUGGACAUUGGAACCCUGAAUGCCCGCUCCUUCAUUGUUUACAAGUUUGGCUGCUUUGUCACAGACCUUGUGUCAUCCAGGUGUCAUCAUGCCCCUGUAACAAUUCUCCUAGCGGACAAGAUCCCAUCCAACAAGAACCUGGCCAGGAAUGCCUUUAGGAACUCCUUCCACUAUGAUGCCAACAACAGGAUUCUCUAUAUUAGAGUAGCCCGACUAGACACAGUCGGAGAUUUCAUUGUGGUACUGAUACACUCCCUUGCUCACAUCAAAGCAGGAGACCUUAGAGACGACAGUAACCCAGACUUCAUCAAGGAAUACAAUAGAGCCCUGGCUGUUGUCUGUGAUGACCUCUUCUUUGCCAGAUACAGGAGAACAACAGGGCACUCUACCAUCUCUAAAUCUACUGGAGGAAACUCAGAGCAGGCGGCCCUUCAGAUGCUGCAGGCAAUGUUCAGUGGCUGUCGCACAGAGGAUGAAAAGGUCAAGAUGGUAGAUGAUCUUUUGGAUGUCAAACUCCUGCCAGGCACUAAUAUGGAGGGUGUGCACUUCAACAAGGAGAGAUUGACUGACAGGUUAUCCAAAUACUCUGGAUUUAGCAACCUAAACCAACUGCAAAACAUGCUGGGAAAUAUGGAAGACAAAAUGGCACAGGCAAAAGCUCAAGGGAGCUCUAAGGGAUCUAUUGAUCAGCUGGCAACACUCAGUCAUAGAUUUUCCACUUCAGGUCCUCCUUCCGCCCUUAGCAAGUUACCCCCAUUCCGCUUUGUGACUGCAAACAUGACUGGACAGGCAUUAUGGCAGACUUUUGCCAACCAUGAAGAUGGUGAAGAGGAAAAUGUCUCUCGAGAGGAGGUCAUACAAGACUCACUGGAAAUUCUUCAAGAACGUCAUGACAAUUUAACAGCAGACUUUUCCAACAUCAACUCUGAAAUCAUUGAACUACAAGACCGCUCUCGCUCACUAGAGGAGGAAUUGGCAACAGAGAGCAAGCUCAUGGAGACUACAAAGGAGAAAGAGAAGCAUGCUCAGCUCGCAAAGAAAGUGAGAUCUAAGCUUAAUGACACUCGAGCAAGAAUUGCAAGACUUGAGAUGGAGAAAAACCUGAUGUUGAGAAAAUUGGCUGAAUGUGAGAAAGAUAUAGAAAUCAAGAAACUUGGGCCACAACAAAAUGAGGAGAAGACUGUGACAUUUAAUACAGAUAGCAAGAAAAAAUCCAAAAAAUAAAUUUUCAUCAACAGUACUGUGGACCCUGAUUACUAGUUGUAAAGAUUUGUAUAUUUGACAAAGAAUGUGACAUAAACAAAGUAUUGGUUUGUUUAGAUAUACUAAAAUCCAGACCUUUGUGAUGUCAUACACCAGACAACUUGAUGUUAAACUAUGAGAAAAGUUGUGUACGAUAUAUAUGUCUCCAUGUUAUUUUUUUUUAAGUAGAAAACUAAUUUUGAUACAAUUAAAAUUUAAUUUAUUCAUCAUUUUCUGAUGAGAAUAUUAUCAACUGUUUUUAAAAAUGUCAAAAAUAUAAUCUUAUCUAACAAUUUUGACACAUCACAGAAGAGUGACAUGAUUCUAAACGAUUGUUGUUAAUUUAGACAGAGCAUUUUAUUCUUAACUGUUGCAUAAUUUAUGUAGACAUUACGUAUACCAGGUUAUAUUCUUUAAAUCAAUCUCCUCACUCAUGAGAAAACUGCAUUAUUAUAAUAAGCAUAUGAUAUAGCUGUGAUAUUUUAUAUUUAAUGUAUAUGUAUUUUGAUAAAUGAUUAUAUUUUUAUGUUUUUUCAAUAUGACUACAUGUCAUCAGCUGAAUCAUAAAAAGCAUUACUCAUUAAUGUUAAUUAAUUAAUAAGUAGGUCCAUUCUGUAUUGAAGAUCAUGGCUGUUUUCUUCUGUCCUGUUUGGUUAAGUGCAAGACCUCUUUUUUUUUUUGGUUUUGUUUUGUUUUGUUUUUGUUUUUUUUUUUUUGCUAUUAGCUAAUUGUUUUUGACUUGAGAUUAAAAUAUUUCUUUGAUUAUUUACACAGAUGCUUAUAGUUUUUGUAUGACUUUUUCUUUAAGGUUUACACCGAAUUGAUUUGUGCAAUAUCUGUGUGUUGUCUUACAAAAUCAUUUCAAUGUGAAAUCGACUCCGUCCAAUAUUUAUGUCAAAUAUUUAUGUUUGAUGCUAUGCAUACUUGUACACAUCAGAAAGAUUCUCUGUGAAAAUCAAAAUACUUUUGUCUUGCAAGUGCAAUUAGCUUCGCAAAUGGCUAAGGCUUAAGUGAUUUUAUUUUGUGUUUAUCUUUUCCUCUGUUAUUGUUUAUUGUUACCAAAUACAAACUCAAUACACCAUUGUUAACAAUUUUGUACAUUUAUACAUGAAGUCAUAUGAAUCAUUUGUUUAGUGUUCAUAAAGUUCAUUGAAUUCUUUUUGUAAUAAAUAUCCUAUGGUCA